AUGAAACUGCAUGGAUACAACACGACAUGGAGAUCCAGACACAAUCAGUCAAUACCAGACCACAGUCUCACGUUCCUGUGGUCCCUCUCUGUUAGCAUUAAGGACUUUGGAGCACUGCUUGGUUUACUAGGGGUGAAAGGUCUUGCUGACACCUUCGGGAGGCGCAAUGCCAUUCUGAUAGUGAAUGCCUUAUCCAUGGUGGGUGCCUCUCUCAUGUUCAUGAGCAAAGUCACAGCGUCAUUUGAAGUGCUUAUUGUGGGUCGGCUGAUCUUUGGCUUGUUCUGCGGCCUGGUGAUGAGCCUGAACCCGCUGUACAUCCAAGGUGUCUCACCUACAAACCUCCGCGGUGCCUUUGCAACUCUGAACCAGGUCUCCUUCGCCUCAGGCAUUCUGCUGGGCAUGGUGGUGGGCUUGGAAACGGUGUUGGGCAUGGAGAAAUACUGGUCCCUGAUACUGGUCCAACGCUCCAGUAUAUGA